AUGGGCAAGUCGCAAAGCAAACUAUCUCCCGAACAGCUAGCCGACCUACAGAAACACACCUACUUCGACAAGCGUGAGCUGCAGCAAUGGUACAAGGGCUUCUUGAAGGAUUGUCCGUCGGGUCAGUUAGAUAAAGCGGAGUUCGGCCGGAUUUACAAGCAAUUCUUCCCGUUCGGCGAUCCUGGCGAGUUCGCCGAAUAUGUUUUCAAUGUCUUCGAUGAGAACAAGAACGGCACAAUCGAUUUUAAGGAGUUCAUUUGUGCUCUCAGUGUCACGAGUAGAGGCAGGUUGGACGAGAAGCUGAGAUGGGCGUUCCAGCUGUACGAUAUUGACGGAGACGGAUUCAUCACAUACCAAGAGAUGCUUCAGAUUGUUCGAUCAAUAUACAAGAUGACUGGACAAAUGGUCAAGCUCCCUGCUGACGAGGACACACCCGAGAAGCGAGUUGAUAAGAUUUUUAGAAACAUGGACCGUAACAAGGAUGCUAAGUUGACGUAUGAAGAGUUUGUCGAAGGGAGUAAACAAGACCCGACAAUCGUACAGGCCCUAUCAUUAUAUGAUGGUCUGGUAUAG